CUUUCARUUCCUUGUUUCCACUGUUUUGUAUACAUUUUGCCGUGAUCAGUUCAUUAAGUCAAGCUUGUUUUCGCUGCCUCUGGUCUCUGUUUGCUGCUGCUAUUUUAAGAUUUUAAUAUUUAUUUUGUAGCUAUUAAUGAAAAUAAUGCUUGGCCUCUUUAAUCUGCUCUAAUUAAAGGACACAAACUCCAGAGAUGACGUUUCAGCUGGCCACUACAGUCCUCCUUCUUCUCCUCCUCCUGUCUGCUCCCAUGUUGGCCAAAGUGGUGAGGUCCAUGUCCGAGUGCGACCAGUUUCUUCUCCACGGAACUCCUCCACAUGUCCCGGGCAUCCUGGAGGGCGGGAGGAUUCUGAACCAGAACCGCUACAAACCCAUCUGCCAGACUUUAAUGAACAAGGCUAAGUUCGUCACGCUCUACGACGUCAGCAACAGGAUUCCAGUGUUUUCUGCCUUCAAAUAUGUUGAAGAGAAGGACAGGAAGAGACCAAGAACUACAUGGAGAAUAGAGCCACAGCUCGAGAACAGAAACGCCAGCAAGAACAUGACCCCCCAAGAGAAAAACAAGACCUACAACCAUCAGGCUGUGACCAGUGAUUACAGAUCCAAUGGGAAGUUCGACAGGGGUCACAUUUUUGCAAGUUCAUACGCAUCAACAAGCGAAGACAAGCGGUCUACCUUCACCCUGACCAACAUCGUCCCACAAGCAGAGUCCUUCAACAAAGGAAGCUGGAACAGGAUGGAGCGGUGCACCAAGUGUGUGAUGCAGAAACACUGCAUCAACCGCAACGGUGUUACCGAAGGCUUCGGGGUGACAGGAGCCCAGCCGAGCUUCAACGAGACCCUCAACAACCGGAUCAACGUUCCCACCUUGCUCUGGUCGGCAUUCUGCUGCUACAGCGCCAACACGAAUGCAUGGAUAGCAAGCGCGCACUGGGGCGACAACGUCCCAGAGAAGUCUAAAACCAAACAUCUGGAGACCAAGACUCUGGAGGAAUUCCACCACAGACUAGGGACAGCAGACUCAGAAUUCCAUGUCUUCCCCGGGACCAAAUGUCCUCUCAACACCACCGUCACCAAAUUUUACCCAGAAAUCCAAAACUGUGACUGCCCGCCGUUUAUUCCAACCAUUCCCACUCUUUCACAGUCAACACCUGACUCCGUCACAUCAACAUCUGUCUCCGUCACAUCAACAUUUGACUCCGUCACAUCAACAUUUGACUCCGUCACAUCAACAUCUGACUCCGUCACAUCAACAUCUGACUCCGUCACAUCAACAUUUGACUCAGUCACAUCAACAUUUGACUCCGUCACGUCAACACCUGACUCCGUCACGUCAACACCUGUCUCCGUCACAUCAACACCUGUCUCCGUCACAUCAACACCUGACUCCGUCACAUCAACAUUUGACUCCGUCAAAUCAACAUCUGACUCCGUCACGUCAACACCUGACUCCGUCACGUCAACAUCUGACUCCGUCACGUCAACAUCUGACUCCGUCACGUCAACAUCUGACUCCGUCACGUCAACACCUGUCUCCGUCACGUCAACACCUGUCUCCGUCACGUCAACACCUGUCUCCGUCACAUCAACACCCGUCUCCGUCACAUCAACACCUGACUCAGUCAAAUCAACAUCUGGCUCCGUCAAAUCAACGUCUGACUCCGUCACAUCAACGUCUGACUCCGUCACAUCAACGUCUGACUCCGUCACAUCAACGUCUGACUCCGUCACAUCAACGCCUGACUCCGUCACAUCAACACCUGACUCUGUCACAUCAACACCUGACUCAGUCACAUCAACAUCUGACUCCGUCACAUCAACAUCUGACUCCGUCACAUCAACAUCUGACUCCGUCACAUCAACAUCUGACUCCGUCACAUCAACAUCUGACUCCGUCACAUCAACACCUGACUCCGUCACAUCAACACCUGACUCCAUCAAAACAACACCUGUCUCUGUCACAUCAACACCUGACUCCAUCACAUCAACACCUGACUCCGUCACAUCAACACCUGACUCCGUCACAUCAACACCUGACUCCGUCACAUCAACAUCUGACUCUGUCACAUCAACACCUGACUCUGUCACAUCAACACCUGACUCCGUCACAUCAACAUAUGUCUCCGUCACAUCAACAUCUGACUCCGUCACAUCAACAUCUGACUCCGUCACAUCAACACCUGUCUCCGUCAAAUCAACACCUGACUCCGUCACAUCAACAUCUGUCUCCGUCACAUCAACAUCUGACUCUGUCACAUCAACACCUGACUCUGUCACAUCAACACCUGACUCCGUCACAUCAACAUAUGAGGUGAAGUCAGCGGUGGAAGAUCAUUUCUGGAGUUCGUUCUCCAGACAGCUCUCCAUGCAAACUGGACAUCAGGCGGUCUGCCUGAUAAACUCGACUGGUCCCUUGGUCAGAAAAGGAGGUCGCUCUCUGGUGACUCGUAGUCUGGUCCUUCUCAGGUGGCUGCAAGACUCUUAA